AUGAACGUCGGACCUGCAUGGCAAAAAGGAUACACCGGAAAAGGUGUAGUCAUAUCCAUAUUGGAUGAUGGCAUUCAAACGAAUCACCCGGAUUUAGCUUUCAAUUACCACAGAGGAGCUAGCACUGAUAUUAAUGAUAACGACGAUGAUCCGAUGCCAAGAGAUAAUGGAGACAAUAAACAUGGAACUAGAUGUGCUGGAGAAGUUGCCGCCGUUGCUUUCAAUGAUUUUUGCGGUAUAGGAGUUGCUUAUAAUGCGAGCAUAGGAGGUGUAAGAAUGUUAGAUGGAACCGUUAAUGAUGCCGUGGAAGCAAAAGCUCUCGGUUUAAAUCCGGACAUUAUUGAUAUAUAUAGCGCAUCUUGGGGACCCGAAGACGAUGGGAAAACUGUCGAUGGACCAGGUCCACUUGCGAGAAGAGCUUUUAUUUACGGCGUUACAAAUGGACGAAAAGGAAAAGGUUCGAUUUUUGUUUGGGCAUCCGGAAACGGUGGAAGACAUACGGAUUCGUGUAAUUGCGAUGGUUACACAAAUAGUAUAUUUACUCUAUCUAUAAGUUCGGCAACCCAGGGUGGUUUUAAACCUUGGUAUUUAGAAGAAUGUUCUUCGACAUUAGCAACAACUUAUAGUUCGGGAACUCCCGGACAUGAUAAAAGUGUCGCCACCGUCGAUAUGGAUGGAAAACUUAGACCCGAUCAUAUUUGUACCGUCGAACACACGGGUACUUCAGCCUCCGCUCCCCUCGCUGCCGGAAUCUGUGCCUUGGCUCUCGAAGCAAAUCCUCAUUUAACGUGGAGAGACAUGCAAUACCUUGUUUUACUUUCAUCUCGUCCCGGUCCACUUGAAAAAGAAUCUGGAUGGGCGGUUAAUGGAGUGAAAAGAAAAGUAAGUCAUAAAUUUGGAUACGGUCUCAUGGACGCUGCUGCUAUGGUAAAUUUAGCGGAACAAUGGACAACAGUUCCGCCGCAGCACAUUUGUAAAUCACAAGAAAUAAACGAAGAAAGAAAAAUAGAACCGAUCCAUGGAAAAACUCUCCAGCUUCACAUGGACGUUAACGGAUGUAGCGACACGGUGAACGAAGUUCGGUUUUUGGAACACGUUCAGUGUAAAAUUUCUUUAAGAUUUUUGCCAAGAGGAAAUUUACGUAUAUUAUUAACUUCACCUAUGGGGACUACGUCCACGCUUUUAUUCGAAAGGCCCAGAGACGUGGCAGCAUCAAAUUUUGACGAUUGGCCAUUUUUAAGCGUACACUAUUGGGGUGAAAAAGCCGAGGGUAGAUGGACUUUACAAAUAAUCAAUACCGGAAACAGACACCUUAAUCAACCGGGUAUAUUGAAAAAAUGGCAAUUGAUUUUUUACGGUACCGUUACAAAUCCCAUCAGACUUCGUUCUCCAGCAUCGAAACCUUUUGCGUUUCCACGUCCUCAAGAACAACCCUAUUACUUGAGUAGUGGUUUUAAUCAUUUUCAAAAUUAUCCGAAUAUUUAUAGCGGACAAGGAAGUGAAAUUAAAUCCACGGCAGUUUCGCCAUUCGGUAAGUAUUUCACAAUAUUCAAAUCAUCUUCUGACGAAAAACUCGACGAUCUUCAAGAUAAUUUGAUUAAUGGAGAUGAUAAAAGUGGAAUAAAAGUACUCCUUCACAAUAAUUGCGAUCCGGAAUGCGAUUCGCAAGGUUGCUACGGUAAAGGACCCACGCAAUGCGUCAGUUGUAAACAUUAUCAGUUGGACAACACUUGCGUGAGCAGGUGUCCUCCGAGAAGUUUUCCAAGUCAGGGAGGAGCUUGUUGGCCGUGUCACGAAUCGUGCGAAACAUGCGCAGGACCAGGACAAGAUUCUUGUUUGAAAUGCGCUCCAGCUCAUUUGAGAGUCACGGAUUUGGCCGUUUGCAUACAACAAUGUCCAGAUGGUUACUACGAAAAUUCCGAACAGAACACUUGCGUUCCCUGUCAACCGAAUUGUGCAUCUUGCGUCGAUCGUCCCGAUUAUUGUACAAGUUGCGAUCAUCAUUUGGUCAUGUUCGAUAAUAAAUGUUAUGCAGCUUGUCCGAUAUAUUCGUACGAAACGGAAGAUUACAAUUGCGCAUCUUGUCAUUCGUCUUGCGAAACUUGCAACGGAUCCAGCGAAACACAAUGCAUUACUUGCAAACGUGGAAGAUAUUCGUUUAACGGACAAUGUUUAACGACUUGUCCUCUUGGACAUUACGCUAAUAAAAAAAGAAAAGAGUGUCUUAGUUGUCCGAGAGGUUGCGAAACGUGUAGCAAUUCUCUAUGUUUAACUUGCGAGAAAGACUGGACGUUAAAUAAAAAAGGAAAAUGCGUGCCCAUUGGUAGCGUCAAAUGUGAUUCCUCCGAAUAUUUCGAUGGGUCACAUUGCCGACCGUGCCAUUCCACUUGUGAGACAUGCGCAUCCGGAGGAGAAGAAGGAUGUUUGUCUUGCACUUCUUCGCUCCUUUUACAAAACGGCAAAUGCCUACAAGGGUGCCUAGACGGUACUUACAUGGAACAAGGACAAUGCGUACCUUGUUUGCACACAUGCAAAUCAUGCGUAUCUAGAUUGAAUUGUACUUCUUGCGAGACAGGUCUUCAAUUACAAAGUGGCGAAUGUAGAUCCGUGUGCGCCGACGGAUACUACAGCGAUCGAGGAGUUUGUGCUAAGUGUUACCUUUCUUGUAAAACCUGCUCAGGUCCAAGACGUGAUCAUUGCAUAACGUGCCCAGCCGGUUGGCAAUUAGCCGCCGGUGAAUGUUAUCCAGAAUGUCCGGAAGGUUUUUUCAAAGCUAAAUACGGAUGUCAAAAAUGUCAUCAUUUUUGCAGAACCUGCGAAGGUGAAGGACCGCUACAGUGCACAUCAUGUCCUCCACAUUACAUGCUCGAUGGAGGACUAUGUAUGGAAUGCAUAGGAUCCCAAUAUUACGAUCCUCCAACACAACUAUGCAAACCUUGUCACGAAUCCUGCCAUAUGUGUAGCGGUCCCGGAGCAUUUUCCUGUUUAGCUUGUUUGUUUCCCCUACAUUUAGAUUCUCAAAACAAUCAAUGCGUUGCUUGUUGUACACAAUCCGAACAGCAAAAUUGUUGUCAUUGCGACAAGGAAACAGGAAAUUGCAUAAAUUCAAGUCCAGCCGGAAAAAGAAGGAUAGCCGCAAGCGCCGAACCCGGUGAAUAUUCAUCACAAACUAAAAGAGCACAAAAUUCAUUGGCUCUAAAUUCCGUUACCGCCGUCGCCGUAGCUUUUUGCGGAACAAUAGUUUUACUUUUCGGAAUUAUAUUUACAAUUUUACAAGUAAAAAAAAAAAAAAACACCAACACAAAUUAUUAA